AUGGAUCCUUAUUGUUAUCGUAUUUGUCAAUUCUAUACAUGUGUUAAAGUCACAAAUUUGAAUAAAACAAUCACUCCACUAAAACUAAUGAAUUUAUUUGAACAUUGUGGAGAUAUUGUGUCUAUCAGAAUAUCAAAGUUAUUAAAUGGGAAUAAAUGGGCAAUUAUCAAUUUUGGAGAAUCUAAGGCAGUUGAACUCGCUGAAUUAUUGUCUGGAUCAAUGUUUGAAGACAGACUAAUUAAUGUAUAUGGUUGUACUUUAGGAAAAAAUGAUUUUGAUAACACAGAAGAAUUUUAUUUUGGUAGAAAUUUACCAUUGUCUACUAAAGAAAAAAAUACUCUUAGCAACACUUCUAUUCGUGUUGAGUCAAAUGGAAAUUCUUAUUUUAUAAACACUUCAAACCAUAUCAUUAAAGGAAAGAAGUGUUUAUCUUGUGAUAACUUUAAAAUUAGUUUUAACACUGAAACUGGUAUGUUAGAAUUACUUGAAAAUUCAGAAGAAAUAAUACAUGACAAUCAUAAAGAGUUUGACUCUAAACGAACAAAAAGUUUUGAUGAAAAUUCAAUAAAUGAAGACAUUUUUAAUGAUGAUAGUUUAAAUUCCCAAUAUGAACAGAAUUUUGAAUUAUUAAAAGAAGAGAUGAAUACAUUAGAUUGGUGGAAUAAUAUUGAAUUUCCUAUUCCUUCUUGGUUUCGUGUAAACAAAUCUUAAAUUAAAAGUUACUUUUAAUUCAUGUAUUUGUAA